UUUUUAUUAUGGUUAUUCCUUAUCUAAUCGAAUAUUCAUUAUUUUAUUAACCUUUGCUCAUUUUUAUCGUGGCAACAGUUUAAGCGACAUGAUUAAGGGUGCAGUUAGUUUGGUGACAGGUGGUGCUUCAGGGCUAGGAAAAGCCACAGUAGAAAGAUUAGUUCAACAAGGUUCGAGAGUAGUUUUAUGCGACUUAAAAACUUCUAAAGGAUCAGAGAUCGCUAAAGAAAUUGGAGAGGACAAAGUUAUAUUUGCUCCAGUAAAUGUUGCAAUUGAAAAUGAUGUACAAGAAGCUUUAAAAUUAUGUAAAGAUAAGUUUGGCCAACUUAAUAAUGUAGUAAACUGUGCUGGUAUAGGGGUGGCAUUUAAAACAUACAAUUUCAAAAAAGAUGCUGCUCAUUCCCUGGAAGACUUUACCAAAGUUUUAACUGUGAAUACUAUAGGAACUUUUAAUGUAAUAAGACUAUCGGUAGGUUUAAUGGGCAAAAAUGAACCUGAUCUAAAUGGUUGUAGAGGGGUGGUGGUGAAUACUGCCAGUGUGGCUGCUUACGAUGGCCAAAUGGGGCAAACAGCCUAUUCAGCUAGUAAAGGGGCUAUUGUUGGAAUGACCCUACCUCUAGCUAGAGAUUUGGCUAGCCAGGGAAUUAGAGUUGUGACAAUUGCACCUGGUUUAUUUAGGACUCCUCUGUUUUCAUCCUUGCCAGAAAAAGUGGUUAAUUUCUUGGAAAAAUCCGUCCCCUUCCCUUCCAGAUUGGGUGAUCCCUCAGAGUUUGCUCAAUUUGUGCAAAGUGCGAUAGAAAAUCCAAUGUUAAAUGGUGAAACGAUCAGGUUGGAUGGUGCGUUAAGAAUGCAGCCUUAAAUAAAUAUUUUUUGUUGAAAACUCUUUAAUUUUUAUAAAAACUUUUUUUAGUACAUUGCUUUCCCUGUUUUUAAAGUUUAUAAAAACAAUGAUGUUGAAGAGUGUCC